AUGAGCUUCCCAGACGUCAAACUGUACUACAAGGCGGCCAUUCUAGCAGUGCUAGCCACGACACACAGGGCAGCUAACCCACCACAAUGGGUAGCCAUUGAAUCCCAAUGGACAUGUAGAGCAGGGAUGCACCACUUGUUUUGGGUGCCAAAACACCUAAGGCCAACAACACCGACCAUGCUAGAGACCACCAAACUAAUGCUGCAUACCUGGGACACAUAUAGAACGCACCUCAGUGGCUCAGGAACCACAUCGCUAGCAUCGACAAUGUAUAGUAUCCACCUGAGAAACAAAACAUUUGACUACCGGACUUGGACGGAUGCAGGGUGUACACACAUACACGACUUAUACAAGGGUACAUCCCUAAAACAGUUCCCGGACCUACAAACACAGUACAACCUACCGAGUAAAGCAAUUUUCUCAUACUUGCAGCUCAAGUCCACCCUACGGCAACCCAAGACUCCACCUACGACACCCAUGAUCUCAAACUUUGACACGUGGUGCCUCACGG